CCCAUGUUACUGAACCGUGACGCUUCGCACUCGAUUCUCUCCUCAUAAACGUUCUCUCUUCAGAAAUUCCAUAUCUCUUCUCCUCCGACCACCAUUCUUCAACUCUCUCGUUCUCUAUCUCUCUCUCUCAGUUCAAGAAAUCCCAGAUCCAUUGACGCGCCAUCUGUCGCUCUCAAGCUUCAGCUCUGCUCACUGGCACUCAAGUCUUUAUUGAAAACCGUGAACCAAUCUGGGAUCUAAAAGAACGUCCUUUUCUCGAAUUGGAUAUUUCGGAGGAGGCUCUGUGAUCUCACCCAUUCCCAUAUCGAUCCCUUGCCUAUCCUCACCGCUUAUGAGGGUGAAUCUCAAUUCUCAAGAGAUGGUGAGGCAGGGUUUCAAGGAAUGGAUUUAUGAUGAUUAUAGAUAUAUUCCACCAGAGCUUUGGAUGAUCUCUUCCACUUCUCACUUGAAGACUAAAUUUGACAACCACAUACAUGCACAAAAGAAAACUUUUACAUAUUCGAGUUUGAUUAAAGUGCAAUGAAAUCAAAGAUAAAAUGGGCGGCACUAGGUGGGCUGGUGCUAUCAUUUGUUUCCUUGCUGGUUCAUUUAUUUUUAGCCAAAUCUAGUGCUGAUCUUGUACAGUACACUGCUUUCACUGUUUUUACGGAUGAUCUAACUCCUAAUCUUCCAAUUAAAAAGGGUGCUGCAUAUCGGAGGUUGUGGGGAAAUGUCAAGUCUUUGGAGUCACUGCAACAUUUUGCAGAUCCAAGAAGUACAUAUCCAGUUCCAGUAGAGCAGAGGAAUGGCUUCAUUUAUGCCAAGAUUUUUGGUUCUUUCGAGAAGAUUAGGAACUCGAUCUGUGACCUGGUCACUGUUGCAAGACUUCUAAAUGCUACCCUUGUCAUUCCAGAGAUCCAAAAAAGUACUCAAUCAAAAGGCAUCAGUUCAAAAUUUAGGAGUUUUUCAUAUCUUUAUGAUGAGGAAAAGUUCAUAGCAAGCUUGGCAAAUGAUGUGAUCAUCGUGAAGGAGCUACCACCUACCUUGAAGAAUGCAAGGAGAAGAAAAGAGUUGGCAACUUUUAAGCCCAAGAUUACAACUUCUCCUACCUUUUAUAUUUCUGAAGUUCUACCAAAGUUGAAGAAAGCAAAGGUCAUUGGGUUAAUUUUGUCGGAUGGAGGAUGCCUGCAGUCCAUCCUUCCACCUAGCUUGGCUGAGUAUCAAAGGCUUAGAUGUCGUGUGGCAUUUCAUGCACUUCAAUUCCGCACUGAAAUCCUAUCUCUUGGCAGGCUGAUGGUGGAAAGGUUGCAAGCUGCAGGCCAACCUUACCUUGCUUAUCAUACAGGGCUUACGAGAGACAACCUAGCAUAUAAUGGUUGUGCUGAACUUUUUCAGGAUGUCCACACAGAGCUUAUACAAUCUAGGCGGGCACAAAUGAUUAAAGAAGGUAUCAUUAAUGAUGAGUUGAGUGUGGAUUCUCAUGCUCGAAGAAGAAAUGGCUCAUGCCCACUUAUGCCUGAAGAGGUAGGACUACUUCUUCGAGCAAUGGGUUACCCUCCUAGAACAAGGAUAUACCUGGCAGGUUCUGAAUCCUUUGGUGGUCAGCGGAGUUUAAUUCCUUUACGUGCCAUGUACCCCAACUUAGUGGAUCGGACUUCAUUGUGCAGCAGAACUGAGCUGGCCAAUUUAAUUGGCCCAGAAACCUCACUUCCUCCAGAUCCCAUCCAGCUCCUGCCUGUGAAAAGUCAGAAGCAACUCAAAGAAGAAUGGGACAAGGCUGGGCCUCGACCGAGGCCUCUUCCUCCUCCUCCUGAUCGACCUAUAUAUCGCCAUGAAAAGGAAGGCUGGUAUGGUUGGAUUGCCGAAAAGGAUUCUGAGCCAGACCCUUCACCUCAUGAUUUAAGGGAACAGGCUCACAGCUUACUGUGGGAUGCUCUUGAUUACAUUGUUUCAGUGCAAGCUGAUGCGUUCUUCCCAGGUUUUGAUAAUGAUGAUUAUGGAUGGCCUGAUUUUUCCAGUUUGGUGAUGGGAAACCGGCUUUAUAGGAUGGCAUCUUCUAGAACAUUCCGUCCUGACAGGAAAUAUCUUGUAGAGAUGUUUAAUACUACCAGUGAGCGUCUGUACUAUCCACCACGGAACUGGACUCUCACUGUAAGAGAACAUCUCAAUAGAAGCAUCACUGAAGAGGGGCUUAUGAAGAAAUCUAAUCGGAUGAAACCCAAGUUGUUCCUUUCUCACCCUAUACCAGAAUGUUCUUGUUCAACCGUGAAGUCUACUGAGAUUCGGAGUUCUGAAAAGAAGAGCAGUCUUCAAUUGUUGUAUGAAGGACAAGAGCAAUGCCCCAGAGAGAUAGUGCAAAGUGUAAAGUUUGAGGAGAUCGAUGCUGACGAGGGUGACUCUCACGAAGAUGAAAUGGAAAUGGAGGGACUAGACUCUGAUGGAAACAGUGGACCUGAUGCAAUCCCAUCCUUGGAACAGGACGAGGAAAUGGAUCCCGAUGAUUGAUUUCAGCCACCCAAGUUGGGAACCAUCCGAUUCCAGUUCAAUUACAGAUGUCUGCUGAUGCAACAGACUUCAGUUGCAUGCUGAUCUGCUGAUAACAUUUGCACAGUUUCUGGAUUUUGUCUGAAAAAUUGCAGGAAUCUCUCACAGCUAGCUAGCUCUUCAUUCUUUUCACAGGUUUGCGGCCGGGUAGCGAUUCUUUUAUUGAGAGACAAAAAGGAAAUGGCAUUUUUUAAACUUCACAGGAAAUAUGAAAGAUGUAUACUUCUUUUUUCCCUCCCCCCUUUCACCCUCUGGUUUUGUUCGUUUAGACUGAAACAAGAGUUAUAUAUCAUUGUAAGUAAGAGAAAAUGAACCGUUUACUAAGCAUAGGUAUUCUUGAUUUGUCAUCUUUGAAAUUUCAUUGUCUUGUAUGAGUUGAUAUAGACGUGAAAUUUUAUUGGUUGUCGAAACCCUGCACAGCACAUUCAUAAUAAGAUCAAACAAUUUCAGGCCA